AUGAAACGAUUUUUGGAUGAUGACCAGGAUAGACCAAUAUAUGGAGAGCAAGUCAUCCCUAAACACAUCUUGAUGCAGAGAGAUGUGCCUGCGUAUGGUAUAAGGGCUGCCAACAAGGUCUUGCAGUAA